AUGAAGUAUCUAAGCUCCCUUUUGUUGCUGGCCACAGGUGCUCUUGCCCAGCAGGUCACCUACGAGAACUCCUCCUCUACCAUUCUUCGAGUGGACAACGGUACUUAUGGUCCUGCGAUCGAAGAGUAUCAUUACUACUAUGACCAAUGGCCGAUUGGCUUAGCUAUUUCCUCGAAAGGGCGAUUCUUUGUCUCAUAUACCCGAGGAGACUACACCUAUACCGUUGGAGAGGUGGUCAACAAGACCGCUGAAAAGCCAUAUCCAUCUCAAGAACUCCAAGUGCCAGUCGCCGAUCUGAACACAUCAUGGCACGGCAUUGCUUUCGGUAGCGGCAACAGCACUGCUUUCAUCUCUGUCCAAGCUCUUUACAUCACCCCCGAGACUUCCACACGUCCCGAGACCCUCUGGAUCUUGGAUACAGGAAGACCCACUGUCCACAGUACAGCUGGCGACCCAAGCAUGCCCUAUGCUCAGCCUGGAGGCCCCAAGCUCAUGGCCAUCUCUCUCACAAACGACACAAUCUACCAGACAUACACUUUCCCCAGCACUGUCCAUUACCCAGACUCCUACCUCAAUGAUCUACGUUUCGAUCUUAGAGCAAACGUCUCUGGCACUUCGGGAGGUGGCAUUGCCUACCUAGUCGACAGCUCGAACGAAGGACGCAACGGUUUCAUCAUGGUUGAUCUCAAAACCGGCGAAUCGUGGCGCAGACUCAACCAAGACCACAGUGUGUUGCGUGUGCCCAACGAUGUCCCCACUUACUUCGGCAAGCCCUUCUACUUCCGUGAACUCGGAAUGCCUAUUAGCUGGCAGCAGGAAGGUCUCGAUGGUCUUCAGCUGUCUAUUGACGGCGAGACUGCUUACUACUCUCCCUUGACAUCAAAGUAUCUGUACUCGGUACCCACUGCCAAUCUUCGCGAGAGAGACACCAACCCACUUGCCGAGGUUUGGGCACACAGCAAUGUAUCCUCCAAGGGCCAACGCGGUGGCGACGCCAACGGCUUCGAAGGCGACAGCAGUGGAAAGAUCUACCAACUCAUGCCUGAGCAGAAUGCUGUCUACUAUUUUGAUCCUAGCGAUGGUAUGACUCAUGGCUUCCUUCAGGACCCUAGAAUCUUGUGGCCUGAUGGUGCUACUGUUGGUGCGGAUGGUUAUAUUUACCUUAACAUCAACCAGUUGCCUUUCCAGCCUGACUGGAACUUUGGCGUUGAUGGUAGAUUGCACCCUGGUGCUGUGUUGAGAGCCAAGUUGCCUGAUGGUGCAGUGAAGGUCAACACUCUCUAUUGA